AUGGAAACUAAUGUAUAUAACCCGAUUCCGGUUGAAUUUUAUAAUGAAAUUUUUAGUAACUUUAAAAGCGAUAUAAAAACAUUACAUUCUUGUAUAUUCGUCAAUCGAUUUUUCAGUCGUUUGGCAAUACCUUUGUUAUGGAGCACCCCUUUUGAUCAUAUAGAUUUGGAUAGCCCUAAAGCACCACUCAUCAUAAGCACAUAUAUAUGUUCUUUAGUGGAUGAAGAUAAAUCUUAUUUAAACGUCUCCGGAAUUCCAGUUGGAUCGCCAGUUACCCCAUUUUUUCCUUAUCCUGAAUACUUGACAAGUUUUAACUCACGAGCAUUUCAAAUGAUGAUGGAUAAAUGGUUGAAAUUAAUUGAUCCAUUGAAUUACUCGACGAAUUACAAUUAUAAAUUAGAAUAUGCAAAGUAUAUUGUUAGCAAUUUAUUAUUUGGAUCGACCACGAUGUUAAAGUCUUUGAAGUAUUUUAGACUUAAUUCCAACGAUGAGAUGGUCUUUAUUAAACAUAAAGAAUUUGCUUAUUCUAUUUCUAAUUUGGUGAACUUUGAGAUUGAUUAUUAUUAUGUUGAGGGAAGUAAUUCUAACCAAAAGGACGAAAAGAAAUUACAUGAUUUAUUCGAUAAUUUAUCGUAUUACACCUCUUCAAUUAGAUACAUCACGAUCAAUAUUUCGACUCCUUAUGAUCUUUCUUUUACCAAACGGGUCAUUAAUAGUAUUGUUAAUUUCGUAACACAUCAAUUUAGCCUAGAAGCACUGUCGUUUAAUGAGUCUUUAAUUUCUGAGAAUUUAAGUGAGUUUGAAGAAAUUAUUAAUUCACAAGCGACGACCUUAAAGUACUUGAAGAUUGGAGGAAAGAUGAGGAACCUUGCGAGAAUCUUGAAGGUGUUGAGGAAUUGCGUUAAUUUGGAAUUGUUGGAGUUUAUUGCCGAAGAAGUGGUCGUUGGAGAUGAUAUGCACGUUGAUGCUUGGAAUUAUAAUGGGGAUAUUGGGAGAAGGAAUAACGAAGAAGUUGGCAAAGGGGGGGAUCUGUCUGUUAUGAGAGAAUUUGAAUUCAAUCAAUUGAAAAUCAAGAGCAUUUAUUGUAUUGAAGAUUGCAGAACACUUAUGAUGACAAACAUUAAUUUACGAACAUUGAAUUUAGGAAAGAUUAAUCCGUGCAUCAUUACGUCGUUAGGCAAAUAUUGUUACAAUUUAACACAUUUAUCGUGUGAAUUACUGCUCGACGACUUUUACUUAUUUAUUAAAUUAUUGGAAGUAUUGAGGGAAUUAAAAUAUCUUAGAAUGAAGCUAAAAUUAUCAUCCUUUAUAAAUGAUAAUUAUAUAGUAGCAUUCGCCAAUUCAUUACCGAAUUCUUUAUCGAAGCUAGGUUUAGAUAUUCAUAAUGAUAAUAAUGAAAGAAAUAAUGAAUUCAUAUCUUAUUUCUUAAGGGUAACGUUGGAAAAUUUGGGAUGUAACCAUUUAAUUGAAUUGGAUUUUUAUAAUAAUCAAUUAAUUAGGAAUGAAAAUUUAAAGCUUAUUUUACAAUUUGCUUUGAAUAGAAAUGAAGGGCGUGGUGGUGAUGAAAAAUUUGGAUUGUUUAGAUAUGUUAGAAAAAAUUUUGACGUGGAUUUUGAUCAUAUGUUACUACAACAAGGAAGAGAUAUUAUAAAAAUCGAAUACGCGGAAAUCUCGGAUUUUUAUCGUCCAUUCCAUGAACCUUUGUAUUAUUAUGGGUGA